ACCCCACAUAACAAUUUCAUGUUCUUAGUAGAUUCAUAGAACAUACUUUUCAGAAAAGUAUAUACUUAGAAUAUGCGUAAUUACCAUUGCGAAUGUGCAGAGCAUAUACUGAGUAUAUACUACAUUACAGUACUUAAACGUUCUAUGUAUAUACUUAGAAUGUACUACCGCACUUCUUUUCAGUAUAUACCAAGAACAUACUUUUUAGAAGAUUCUAAGGAGGUGCUAUAAACCUUCUAUUUAUAUACCUAGAAUGUACUAUUGCACAUAUUUUUAGUAUAUGGGAAGAAUAUUCCAAGGAAGAGCUAUAUACCUUCUAGUUAUGUACUUAGAAUGUACUAUCGCACAUAUUUUUAGUAUAUGGGAAGAAUAUUCCAAGGAAGUGCUAUAUACCUUCUAUUAUGUAUAUACUUAGAAUGUACUAUCGCUUAUAUUUUUAGUAUAUGGGAAGAAUAUUCCAAGGAUGUGCUGUAUUUCUCAGAAGUAUGUUUUCAACAUCACCCAAUCUCAUCCUAGGUUCUACUAAUAUUAUUUACAUAUUCUAAUUGCAUAUGAGAAUGUAGUUAUUACAUUCUACAAUAUUACGUAAAAAGUUUUACUCAAGAGGAUAACAAAAUGAAAAUUAUGAAAACAUUUGGUGAAUAUUCAUCCCAUAAAGAGCACUGUACCAGUCAACGCGCCGAAGAAAAAACUAUAAAUAAUAUAGAAGUUCAGGCUAGAACGAGACCUUACCAAUGUGAAAUUUGUUUUAAGCAAUUUAGUUUUGGACAUAAUUUGAAAAAACAUUUGAGAUGGCACACUGGCCAAAAACAUUACAAGUGUGAAAUUUGUUUUAAGAAUUUUAGCGAAUCUAGUCAUUUGAAAAGACAUUUGAAAGUGCACCCAGGAGAAAAAUAUUACAAGUGUGAAAUUUGUUUUAAGCAGUUUAGUGAAGGACUUCAUUUGAAACAACAUGUAAGAAUGCACACUGGGGACAAACCUUACAAGUGUGAAAUUUGUUUUAAGAAGUUUAGCAAAUCGUAUCUUUUGAAAAGACAUUUAAAAGUGCACAUUGGAGAAAAACCUUAUAAGUGUGAAAUUUGUUCUAACCAAUUUAUUAUAGCAAAUGAUUUGAAAAGACAUUUGAGAGUACACACUGGAGAAAAACCAUACAAGUGUGAAAUUUGUUUGAAGCAGUUUAGUCAAGCGAGUAAUUUGAAAAUGCAUUUGAGAGUACACACUGGAGAAAAACCCUACAAGUGUGAAAUUUGUUUGAAGCUGUUUGGUGAUGCAAGUACUUUGAGAAAACAUUUCAGAGUACACUCUGGAGAAAAACCUUAUGAGUGUGAAAUUUGUUCCAAGCAGUUUAGUCGAGCAAAUACUUUGAAAGCACAUAUGAGAGUGCACACUGGAGAACAACCAUACAAGUGUGAAAUUUGUUUUAAGAGGUUUAGCGAAUCAGGUAAUUUGAAAAAACAUUUCAGUUUGCAUACUGGAGAAAAACCUCUUAAGUGUAAAAUUUGUUUUAAGCGGUUUAAUGAAAGACAUCAUUUGAAAGUUCACAUAAAAACGCACAGUGAGGAAACAUCUUACAAGUGCGAAAUUUGUUUGAAGCAGUUCAGUGAAGCAUGUAAUUUAAAAGAUCAUUUGAGAGUGCACACGGGAGAAAAAUCUUACAACUGCGAAGUUUGUUUUAAGAAGUUUAGCGAAUCGGGCAAUUUGAGAAAACAUUUGAGACUGCACACUGAAAAAAAACCACACAAGUGUAAAAUUUGUUUUCAGCAGUUCAGUGAGGUAAGUAAUUUGAAAAAACAUUUGAAAGUGCACACUGGAGAAGGAUUUUACAAGUGUGAAAUUUGUUUGAAACUAUUCUCCUGCACAGGUAAUUUGAAUCAGCAUAUAAAAUUGCAUACUGGAGAAAAGCCGUACAAGUGCAAAAUUUGUUUUAAGCAGUUUAGUCAAGCAAGUAAUUUGAAAACACAUUUUAGAAUACACACUGAAGAAAAACCAUACAAGUGUGAAAUUUGUUUUAAGCGGUUUAGUGUAGCAGAUCAUGUGAAAUCACAUUUAAAAGUGCACACUGGCGAAAAAUCUUACAAGUGUGAAAUUUGUUUUAAGCUAUUUAGUCAAGCAAGUAAUUUGAAAGUUCAUUUGAGAGUGCACACUGGAGAAAAACCAUAUAAGUGUGACAUUUGUAUUAAGACGUUUAGCGGAUCAAGUAAUUUGAAAAAACAUUUGAAAGUGCACACUGGAGAAAAACCUUAACACUUUCGCUGUAUUUAGAGCACUGGCGGCUCGUCAGAGGAGGUAAGGUAGGCUUAGCCUCCUCAUAAAUUUUUUACACACGCUACACUGUUUUGUUUGUCUCGAAUCCCGAAAAACAAGCACUCUUACUAUUAUCCAAAGUGUAAAUUCCACACUAUCACUACCUAAACAGCACAAGUACAUCCAUGGGACGAACCACCGGAAUUUUCGUAUGUCCUAAGGACGUACGUUUUAGAUCCUGGGACAUCCUUGGGACGUACCGAGGACGUCCGAUGUUACAAAACCAUCCGUACCCAAGACGUCCGACCAAACUACCCUUGGAACAGCCGACCAAACUACCCUUGGAACAGCCGACCAAAACCUCCUUGGGACGAUCGACCAAAACCACCAUGGAAACUCUCACCAAACCUUUUUAGGACAUUAUGUAUACAUACAGUAGGAAAAAUGAAAGAGUACCCAUGAACGAACAUAUAAAACACGCUGUAUUUUCCUGUCACCGUGUCACACAAAAAAUUGGCUAGCGCAAGUACAUGUAAUAAUUAUUGUUACAUGUACUUGCACUGACAAUUGACAAUUUUCUUUGUGACACGAUGACAGGAAAAUACAGCGUGUUUUAUAUGUUCGUUCAUGGGUAUUCUUUCAGUUUUCCGACUGUAAAAUGUUUUUUUAGAAAUUUAAAACAUGGCAUUUAAUUAUGGUAGGGGAGCAAAGUAUGCUAAAUGUGCAGUCACUCGAGCGCUUUGGAGACCUAUUGGGUUGUGAAGAGUAGGCCCUAAAACCAAAAAAAGUUAAGUAAAGUUUUCCAUUUUAGUGGGGACUUUCCAUUUUUUAAUUUAAUUUUCCAUUUCCAACAAUCGUUUUUUUCGAUUAUAGCGCCAACUAUCCAUAAUUCGAAAAAAUAUUUUAAAUAAAAGUUGCUUAUUUUUACGUAGAUAAGAAUCCAAAUCUGUAAUAAAAAUUAGGGGCUCCUAUUUAAGAUUUUAAAGUAACCCCCCACCCCACCUUUGUGGGGGGUCGUGUUUGGUGCCAUUCGAUAGAUUUUUAAAAAAAUAUUGAACACGUAUUUUUUAGUUUUUCGAUCUGACGUUUAUUUCGAGAAAUAUUCGCUUUUUUGUAAAACUUUGUGACUCCCCCAUUUCCUUACGCCCCGCUCAAAUUGUCAGAUUUUUUAAAUAUACACUCUUUUGCAUGUAUUUAACUUACGUUAUCUUAAUCUGACGAUUUCGAGUUUUUCUAAAGAUAGAUUUUUUUUUCGGGCCCCCCUUAACGAACUCAUCUGUGUUAAAAUCCAAUAUAUGGUCGAGUUACAUUUACAGGGUGCAUACAAGGUUUCUCCCCGUAUGAUAAUCUGACGCGCUCGAGUAACUGCAAAAAUCCCCGCUUGGGCUCCCCUACCAUUACUAUAGUUGUUCCAUUUUAUCUUUGCCCAUGCGUCAUGAUUCAUUUUCAAACAAAUUAAAUCAAAGCGUAAAGUGAAACCUAAGUCGAUGUGUAUAAUAUAGAAUGUAUACCGUAUACACAAUGUAUAUUGGGACCGUGCAAGUUCGGCAAAGCGACACCUGGUUUUUACGCUCAGCAACAUUAUUCGCACUUUUAAUUAUAUUAGUCCUGGUAACUGGAUAAUUGUCAAGGCCAUAGUCAAAAAAAAAUAAUAAGAAAAAAUAAGAUUCAGGUUAUGUUAUUAAAACGUAAACAAUAGGGAACUUGCAUAAAAUUUUAAAUUCGAAAAAAAUGUUAUAAAUCACAACAGAACAUAAUUUAGAAUCUGUAUCAAAGAUAAAAAAAGCUUUGUUUGUCUUUCGUUUGGCCCCUAAAGACGACUAAAAAUUUAACUUAUACCAGCCACCCCAAAACGCGUCGUGACGUCACACCGUUGUAUGUUUACAUUCUACACCAUUUCCCAUUUAGAAUAGUUGAUUAUAAUAAUUAACUUACGUAUAAAAAUUAUUUUAACAAUAUUUUGUACAUGUCAUGUCAACUAAAUACAUAUAUUUAUUUUGCUAACCUAAAUAUAUACUUUUAUAUAUACAUUGAUUUAUUACAAUUAAGUUUGAAACAUCUGAAUAGUUCUGCUUCCCUUCCCUUAACAAAUAUUUUUCUAUCAAACAAACACUAAACAUAUCAAAAUAGCAUGUACCAAAAUAUACAGUCACUGCGCACGCUAAAUAAUGACGUCACUGGUUUGAUGAAGUUUAAUUCGCGUGUACUUAACUUUUUUAUUUGCGUACACGUUAGCGUGUACCUAGACACAGCGAAAUAUAACCAUAAUAAUAACUAAUGUAAAACUAUGUGACGUCACGGGUCGUUUGAACUAUUUUAUACCGCAGAAGACUUUAAAUAUGUAUUUCUAAGUUAUUACGAGUUUUUGAAGCGUGAAAUUUUGGAAAUUUCAUUUUUAAACAAAACUGAACAUUAUUAUGUAAUAAAAAAAAUGUACAAGUUCCCUAUUGUAUGUAGUAAAUAAAAUUAGUUAUUAAAAUGCAGUACUGCAAGCAAAAUACAAUUAAUUAAAUUUACCUUUAUAUAAUAAUUGUAUAUCAUAUCAAUAUUGUGGAGCAAUAUAUCAUUUUUCUUCUUCAAUGGCAGUAGGUAUGAAAUAUGUAUACGUCAAUUUGACAAUUUCAAUUGACAAUAUGAAUCAUUUAAGAAAGUUGCAAUAUUUCUCCCCUAUUCUCGCACGAUCGUUUCUCGUAUCUCCUCCAAGUACUUGCACACCGCGAAUCAGGGGCGUCAUUUGAAAUUUUGAUUGGGGGGGCAAGCAUUAUAUAUACAAUACAUUAUAUUAUGAUGUAAUGAUGAAAAUUGAUGUAUCUUUUGUAAAUUUCAGUCAUUUUCAGCAAAUGCCCCCCCUGACCCUAUCAAAUGACGCCCCUGCCGCGAAUACAUGUAGACGUACGUUUCACUUUAUGUUUGCACAUAAUUUGUUUGAAAAUUAAUCGCGACACAUGGGCAAAGAUAAAAUGGAACUACUAUAUUAAAGAAUGUUGAAAAGGUCUAAAAUUAUUUUAUACUAAAUUUACUCAUAAUUUUUAAAGAUGAAAUCUGCAUUUAAAAUGAAAAACUACAUAUAUAUUAUUAAACACAUUUUUAUUGAAAUUUAACAAAUAAAUAUGUU